UAAAUAUUAAUGAAUUCGUCCUUCAGCUGGGACAUAUGUCGAAUUCGCCGAAGCGGGCUGCUCAAUCUCUUUUACCGAUUACAAAUUAGUUAACGGAUAAGAGCAUGCUAAGUGUGCAGAGCAUGCCUCUAACGGGAACGCCAUUCGAAUAUAGUUCCUAUCUUCUUGCCAGCUCUCCGCCCACUUUUGAAUUAUUUCCUGUCAGAGGAGCAUCUAACCUACUCUGUAACAAACCAACUAGUAAUCCCGAUGAAAUUUUUCAAGAAUUCACUUGUGAUGCUUGGCGUAUACCAAGAUCAAGAUCUGAUUCGAACGUUUCUUGUGGUGGUAGUUCCACUUCAACACCUACAAAAUCUGGCCUCAGAACACCUAACUCUCCAAAGCCGAGGAAGAACGUCUCUUUUGCUGAUCAGCUUGGAAAAGCCUUAGUAACUGUGAAGGUUUUGGGAGAUACUCCGAUCAAAACUCCAGCGACUUAUUUAAAGUCAAUUCACCACUAUUAUGAAGAUAAUAGUCAAGGUCCUCAGUUAAAGCUUAAUUUCGAGCAACCGGCUGCUCAGUAUGUAACAUUUCAUGAACGACUCUUGAAAGAUUAUGUAAGCUUGGAAAAUGUUUUACUCAAAGGUCUGAAGGUCGCAGGUACGAUUAAAGUUAAGAAUAUUGCUUAUGAGAAGAGGGUCACAAUUAGAGUGACUUUUGAUAAGUGGAAGACCUCGGAGGAUAUAGCAGCCCUGUAUGUCGAAUCAACGUGUUCUUCUAGCAAUUACGACACUUUUGCUUUUGAGUUUCAAGUCCCAGAUCGGCCCAGAAUUGCAUCAGCUUCGUUUUGCGUGUGCUUCGAGGCUAAUAGUCAACAAUAUUGGGAUAACAACUCUGGAAGAAACUAUGAAGUUUCUUCUGCAGCAGAUUGGGACGAAACUUCUCGGUCUACUGAAUUUAAUCAUAGACUCUUCGCUCAAGACCACUGGUCUGAAUAUUCAGCCUGGAAAGGGCGUGAAUAUCUAGAUGUACCAUAUUGGUGA